UGCAACAUGACCAACAUGGCCGUUCCCGUACCUCGCAGGCUCGAGGUGAUUGUAUACGUCGUGGAAAAACAAGAUGAUUCUCCAGUGAAUCAGCACGGCGAGUGAGCCGAGUGAGCGUCCUGCUGACAGCCGAAUUGCACGAGUGGCAGGACUCGCCUGGAUUCGCCGCUACAACCAAAGAUCCCGCAAGUUGUAACGAUAUAGAUUUACUGUGUAAAGAGCAUCGACAACCAACUACGAAAAUGCUUUCUUAUUUUCACGUCGACGGUUGGUUGUAAAUUUUGUGCAUUUCCUUCAUGAGUCUGAUAAUUGGAUGACAACUUGUUGCAAAUGCUCCAUUUAUGAGAUCUACGAGCAAGUUUUUAUUCUUUUCAAGAUGGUGAAGUUAUAUGCACUGACCGUUCUGUACAAAAGUGUUACGUCGGCGACGACGCUGAAGGCUGCUUACGACGUAGAGUCGUUCUCAUUUUUUCAAAAGAACAGUAUUAAGGAAUUCAUGUGCUUUGUCAGUAAAACCAUUGUGGAAAGAACGCAGACCUGUGCCAGGCAGAGCGUCAAGGAAGGCGAAUACAUGUGCCAUGUAUAUGUGCGAGCCGACAAUCUCGCCGCAGUUCUCAUCUCGGAUCACGAAUACCCCAGGAGAGUGGCGCACACUCUGAUUACGAAAGUGAUGGACGAGUUUGCGGCGAAGCAUCCGCAAUCGACAUGGCCCACGCUCAGGGAGAUCACCGCCGACUUUCCACAGAUCAAUACGUAUCUAGCCAAGUAUCAGAAUCCGCUCGAGGCAGACGCGCUCACGAAAAUGCAGAACGAUCUAGACGAGACAAAAAUUAUUCUGCACAAUACCUUAGAAGCGGUGCUGCAAAGGGGAGAGAAGCUGGACGAUCUAGUUUCCAAGUCGGAGGGGCUCAGCGCUCAGUCGAAGGCGUUUUACAAGACCGCACGGAAAACCAAUUCCUGCUGUAGUUUAGCUCCUUAGAACGUUACCCCCCCUUUUUUAGCGAGCUUCGCCGCUUCAAUAUUUCGAUAAAUGUGACUAUAAUUAUUGCGGUAUAGAAACGCAAAUGAAUAUUUAUAUGAUUCGUGAAAGGGUUGAUAUGCGGGGAAAGGGAAAUGGGAGGGAAGGUUUAACAAGCAAAAGAGAGAUAACGGAGAAAGACGGAAGAUACUGAUCUACCCAAAUUUUUCAGUGGAACAUAUAUAUUAAUUUAAUGAACUUCUAGUUAAAUGGCGGGCGAAAAAGAAGCGAACCACUGCCGCGGCUCCUCCCAGUUAGUGGAACUUUUUAUAGGGAUGUUACACGCCCGUGGAUUUAUCUACUCGCGAGAAACGGUCCUAAACAAUUGCGUACGAGAGUUACUUCCGAGAUGAGUUUCGCGCGAGGGGAAACUACCAUAAUGGAAUUCCCACAGUGUCAAAGUAUCGCCUUAAACACAUUCCGAAUGUUAACCGUGUGGAAAAAACGGUGCAGCGCGAGGAGGUUUAUCGUGACAGCCUCACGGAUCGAUAAAUAAAACGCGAUAAGGGUAGUUGUAAUUGGGCGAACGAUAUGUCUCUGUUCAAACAAUUAGGUUCCAGUCUAAUAUCAGCAUGAAGUAAUCAAAAAGCCUUUUUAACAAACGGAACUUUUGUAACCGCUAGAAAUAAUUUUACGUCUUGUAACUGUGCGAUUUUACUAUAGUUAUGUUGAGAAGUCAUCUCCAUGUUAUAAUAUCCAAAAGGGAAAAUAUUGCACAGAUUCCAAGAAGGAAA